AUGAGGACUGGAGCCCUGAGUCACAGGCCCUGGAGGGGAGGAGAAGGAGCUGGCGCAGGAGGGUCUGGCUCAGGGCUUGAAGAGCUGGGCCUGGUUGAGGCCCUGGGGUAUCUUUGUGCCAGUGAGGCAAGCCGUGGAACCCUGGCACAGAGGCUGAGGCCUUGGGGACCGCUCUUGAGGCUGCCCUGUAGGGCCCUGGCUGCACACAGCUGGCAGCCACUGCUGCGCUCCCUCCUGCUGGAGGGUGGUGCCCGAGCAGGCGCUGGUGGUGCCAGGGCCGUGGCCGGCUGUCUCCCUCCCAGAGCUGAAGGCCAGCUCCUGGUCGGUGCCGAAGUCCUCGACAUCUGGACGUGUCUGCAGGCCCCAGGGGAGGACCGGGCACUGUGGUCACCCACGUGGCACUGUGCUUCCCAGCCAGGCGUUGCGUCCCGAGGAGAGGAGGCCCCGGGGACCAUCACACCCACACAGAACCUGGAAGUCGUGUGCCCCUCGCCCAGGAACCCGACUGCCAGGGUCCCUGUGCUGGCAUCUCUCCUGGGGAAGACACGGGGCCAGGACGCUGGGGAGCGAGCAGGCAGGUGGCUGAGUGUCACUUGCCAGGGCUCUGAAGGGAGGGCCCUGGGCUCAGCUUCCCAGGUCCUCCUGUUUAUCUGCUGGGUUCUAGGCGGCAACUCUGUCUUCUAGGGCCCUCUCUGUCUACACUGUGUCUGGAUCUGGGGUCACCGAGGAGUUCACAGAGCCGCCUUCCCUAGGAGGGGAGCUUUGGCAACUGCAGAGGGUUCUGCCGGGCGGCCUGGCCUCCGCCUCCAGCCCGCCCUCCCUGGGACUUCUCCCCUGGGACAUGAAGUACACGCACCGAGGGGUCCACAGCUUGCUGCAGGUUUACGGGCCCUGCCGGCGCCAUUCCCACUCCCUGGCCACUUGGGCAUUGGCCACUCUCCUGGGUUCCAGCCUGGUCCCCCCAGGGCCCGCCUGCCUGCCAGGCCCCGCACAUACCCAGGGUCCAGCCGUCUUCCUCCCCCCGGGGUCUCGCCAGGUCGUCUCACAUCCCAGUAACCUCAGUUCUCCCACCACCAAGCAGGCACAUGGUCAACCCCCUGUGCAAAAGCUCUCUCCUCAGCCCCACCCUCCUUGUCCUGCCACCAGCUCCAAGGACCUUACCAGUGGCAGAACCCUCCCUCCUAAGUGUGGAUUUGAGCGCUGCCCUCGACACCCCCCACACCGCCUCCUCCAGGAGCCCUGGUCCUCCUCAAUUCCCCUUGAAGGUGGGAACUGCUCCUCCAUCCCCUCUGGCACAGUGAGGUCAGUGGCUCUCCAGCCUGCGGUGGGCUGUGGCCGCCUCUCCCUGCCUGAGCGCUCAGUGCAGCACCACUGGCCCUGCUCCCACUGAGGCCAGACCCACCCGGCCUGGGGGCCGCCUCCUAGCCAGACCAGCAGGACCAGACACCGGGGAGGCGGGGAGGCGGGCGGGCGGGUGGGGAAGGCGAGGAAGAGGGCGUUGCACCUGCAUCAAGCCCGGGGGCCUCGCUG